ACGGGUGCGCGGACGAAUGUAUCUUUUAUUGUACUCACGGACAGUGGCGACAGCGGCGGUGGUAUCAGUUGCUUAGGGUGCGGUACGCGUUCGAGAGUCAUCAUCAGCAGCUUCUAGAUAUAAUAUAUGCGAGGCCAGGCAAGCCAAGAAGAGUUUCGCUAGUCGAACAAUCAUCGGUGAACCACCAAUCAGUCCAGCAGGACAAACAGGAAAGUGCUGUGCAUUUUUUCGCAUUUUUAGUGGAGGAACGAAUCCGGGGACAAAGUCUAAUCGCGUUUGUGUUUCUCUAUUAGUUAAAGAAGGUGUUUUUUCCUGAUGCGCUGAAUAUCGCCCAACGGAGCGGAAAAAGCUAAUAUUUUAAUUACCAAUUAGCACACGGUGUUGAACAUUGCGCGGGGAGCGAUUCCUCCUGUCGUCCGGUUUUCCGUGGAGUUAGUUUGGUUUAGUGAGUGGAAGAAGCUAACUAGAAGUUUGGUGAGGUGAAGUGCUGGAGCUGCCAUGAUUUAGCAUCUGGUUUCAAGUGCACCGAGCAGCAGUGAAAAUCCUUGGGUUGGCUGGGAUUUGCAGAGGGAGGAUAAUAUGGUCGCGCGAUAGAGGAAACUGAUUCAUUGUGAUACAGUGAUUCAAAUUCGUAUUCGCACAGUGUGUUAUAGUUAAAAGUGCAUAACUUGACGGAAUACAAGGAUUUGCUGAAGAAACGAUCCCCUCAGUACCACCAAUUUCCGGUCAAUUUUGUGUGAUUAAGUGUCUACAUUUCCCGACGUGUGCCGUUCGUUCGAUGAAUUGCAGCGCUGGAGCAGAUUGUGUCCGUGCAGCAGUGCUACCGUCAGUGUCCUCCUACCGCCAGCCGCUUCAGUAACAUUAGAGUGUCCCAGCAGUCGAGAAUGCCAUUGGCCAACUCGGUGGACCCAUGGAGAGAGAAAGUCCCACACAAUAUCGGCGGUAUCGAGCGCACGGCGUAUCUAACUCGAUUUCAGGUCUCCGGAUAGUUUCUUCACUGUCCCAGGACAAUGUCGAGAUGGUCGUCGAUGAAGGUUACGAACCUCUGCACGGCCUGCAGGCGCCACAGCUCGAUCCUGGCGGACAGCAACAGCUCCAUCACAUCCACCAUCACCACCCCCAGCCUUAUGGGGAACCAACCGGUGGAAGUAACAUCAUAGGCAAUGAUGGAACCGCAGGCAUGAUUGACGAUACUACCGAAGCGAUGGACCUUGAUCCGAUGGCCGAUGGCACACUGAAGGCAGGCGACGAGCAGGAGUUCGAUAUCCGGGAUGUGGUCCGGGAAGGUCACGACAAGGCUGACCCGUCGCAGUUCGAGUUGCUCAAGGUCCUGGGCGAGGGCUCGUUCGGAAAAGUAUUUCUAGUUAGGAAAAUUGUCGGCAAGGAUGCCGGCACGCUGUAUGCAAUGAAAGUAUUAAAAAAGGCCACGCUGAAGGUGAAGGAUCGGGUUCGCAGCACCAACGAGCGCAACAUCCUCGCCGACGUGGGCCACGCAUUUAUCGUUAAGCUUCACUAUGCCUUCCAGACGCCGGGAAAGCUCUACCUGAUAUUGGACUUCUUGAGGGGAGGAGAUCUGUUCACCCGGCUCAGCAAAGAGGUGAUGUUCACCGAGGAGGACGUCAAGUUUUAUCUUGCGGAGCUGGCACUGGCACUCAAUCACCUGCACAGCUUGGGUAUCAUCUAUCGAGAUUUGAAACCGGAGAACAUUCUGUUGGAUCAGGAUGGUCACAUAGCUUUAACCGACUUCGGAUUGUCAAAGCAGCCGUUGGACGGUUCCAAAACGUACAGUUUUUGUGGCACAGUCGAAUAUAUGGCUCCGGAAGUGGUGAACCGCAAGGGACACACAUUCGCCGCCGAUUGGUGGUCAUUUGGAGUCCUGAUGUUUGAGAUGCUGACAGGAAAUUUACCCUUCCACGGCAGCAACCGAAACGACACCAUGAAUCAAAUUCUGAAAACGAAACUGGGCAUGCCGGAGAACCUGAGUCCGGAGGCACAGAGCUUGCUGCGUGCGCUGUUCAAACGGAAUCCCCAGAACCGGUUAGGAGUGGGCCCCAACGGAAUCGAGGACAUCAAGCGGCACGAAUUUUUCGCCAAUGUCGACUGGGUCGCGUUCGAGCGUAAGGAAGUUCGGCCACCGUUCAUUCCGGCCGUAUCGCGGGACGAUGCGUUCUAUUUCGACUCGGAGUACACCAACAAAUCACCAAAAGAUUCACCGGGCGGUCCGGUCAGUGCCAGUGCUCAUGAGAUUUUCCGCGGGUUCAGCUUCAUCGCACCGGGAUUAUUGAACGAAGACACGCCAAACUUUGCCAAUGGAACCGGUAGUUUGAUGAAUCAGCAGCCGAGCUCGAGGUCACCGUUUUCCAACGAAAUUCCUGGAGUGAAACCGCAAGCUUUCGGAGACGAGUAUUCACUGAUGCAGGAGCUAGGCCGGGGAACGUUUUCGAUAUGUCGGUUGUGUGAAAAUCGAGCUACAAAGAAGCACUACGCAGUUAAGAUAAUCGACAAAUCCAGCCAUGACUGUAGGGAAGAAGUGGAGAUUCUUUUGCGGUAUGGAAACCAUCCAAACAUAGUAUCUUUGUACGGAGUGCAUGAAGAUACCUCGUUCGUCUAUUUGGUGAUGGAACUUUUGAAGGGAGGUGAACUUUUGGAUCGGAUCCUUGCCAUCCAGUACAUGAACGAGGUGGAAGCGAGUGCGGUUCUUAAAACGGUAGUAUCCGCCGUAGCAUACCUGCACGAGCAUGGUGUAGUUCAUCGAGACCUUAAACCUUCGAAUUUGCUGUACGCUACAGUUAAUCAUACACCGGAGUCGUUGAAGCUGUGCGAUUUAGGUUUUGCCAAACAGUUGCGGGCUGAUAACGGACUGCUGAUGACCCCUUGUUAUACGGCAAACUUCGUAGCGCCGGAAGUGCUGAAAAAGCAGGGCUACGAUUUGGCGUGCGAUAUCUGGUCGCUCGGAGUUCUGUUGUACAUUAUGCUGGACGGAAAGACGCCGUUUGCCAGCACUCCAAAUGAUUCACCGGAUAUGAUUCUGGCUAGGAUUGGUUCUGGUCGGGUGGACUUGGAGACAGGGAAAUGGCCAGGAAUCUCGCAAGAAGUGAAAGACCUGCUACGAGAGAUGCUUCAUAUUGUACCGCAUCGGAGACCAACGGCGGCGCAGAUUUUGCGACAUCCCUGGCUUUCCCGCUCUCGACUAUUCUACAGUCAAGCCGGACUCCAAAAUCAAGCACAGCAGAACGUACUGGGAGCGACAUUGACAGCGGUUGUCCCUUCGGGAGACCUCACAGGUGGAACGCCCGAAAACACGGAAGCAAUCAAGGGAGCCGUGCAUGCAACAUUCCGGGCGAUUUCUUCUCCACAAGCAGCCAAUCUGGGUCCGGUGGGAAUGUCCGAUCUCGCGCGACGGAGAAAGGACAAGAUGAAUCAUUCGUAAUUGUGUGUCAAAUUUGGGGGGGUCGUCAUUUAUGUUUGAAUGUUCGUGUGGUAGUCGUAUUUUCCGAUCAACGGAUGUGUGUUUGUUCGAUGUGUUGAUUAAGUGGCGUGGAAUGGAGGCGCCUGGUAAGAUAUUCGGAGCUCUUUUGGGGUUGUUUCAAUCAUGCCACCACAUGCUGAUAUGUAUAUUGCUUCCAGAUUGGGCAGGACGUUAGGUUCGUUCGAUAACGAAAAAUGCGUCUCGGUUAAGAUGUUUUAUCAAUCUAACAAACAAUUGUGUGCAUGUACUAUGAAUCGGUUAACAGUUUUAUAGAUGGAUCCAUAUAUUUUUGUUCAUUCAAUAGUUAGCUUUAUUUAUUGCAGAUUGCGUAGAAUAAAAUAUAGGCUUCGUUUAAAACACAAGCAUGCCUCUCAUAAAUACUUCUGUAUGAUAUAGUGUUGCAAAAGCACUAUACAAAUAUCAUGCGUUAUCUUUCGUUUUUGUUUCUUAUUGCUUUCUAUUUCUAAGAAAGUGGGGAACAACAAAUUUCUGUGGUUUAUUUCAAAGUAAUACUGUGCCACCCCUCGCUAUUUCUCUGUGAUCCUAUUUUGGUAAAGCAGAUAUUAUUUUGUUGAAAAAUCCUGUUAAAUCUGUAGGUAAACUACUUGAAAUGAUGAUAGUUUCAUCAUCACGAGAGCUAGCUGUAUACAGCUAAUACAGUUUGCAUGUUUCAGGGGCCUUCUUUAGCCGAGUGGUUAGAGUCCGUGGCUACAAAGCAAAGCCAUGCUUAAGGUGUCUGGGUUCGAUUCUUGGUCGGUCCAGGAUCUUUUUGUAAUGGAAAUUUCCUUGACUUCCCUAGGCAUAGAGUAUCAUCGUACCUGCCACAUGAUAUACGAAUGCGAAAAUGACAACUUAGGCAAAAAGAGCUCUCAGUUAAUAACUGUGGAAAUGCUCAUAAGAACACUAAGCUGAGUAGCCGGCUCUGCCCCAGUGGGGACGUUAAUGCCAAAAAGUAGAAGAUGUCUCAUGCUACGCCUACUCUACGGUCAACACAUCUGGAUCAAUGUAACUUAACAGCGUUCUACCAUGUCGCUAGUAAAUAGCAGGACAGUUCAGUAACACACAAUGAAUUUGAAGCAUAAUCUGUCGAAAAUUUUGUAUCAAAAAACUCUACGCCCACGCAAACUGUUACAUUAUUAUUGAAAAAGCUUUUGAAUGUACAACCGCGCUGUUGCUUAAUUUAGGCAUACAUACAUAAAGAUGAAGAAGAUAUAAACUAUAACACACAAAGUGAUGUGAGCUCAAUCACGUCUGAUGGUAAACUAUCACAUAUUUCAUUAAUAAAAAAAAUAAUACGAAAAGUUCAAUUAGUUUUUUGUAAGCAUAGAAAAAUUUCAAAUUAGCUUAUACUUUAUACAUACAACGUUAGUGCUGGCGGGUACAAUUCACACAUGCAACUUUCUACAAAACACAAGUUUAUCAUCAAUCUCUAAUGCAAACUUUUUGGGAAUUCUGAUAAUUCCAAUCAAACACAAACGAUACAGAAAAAUACUGAACAAAAUUGACUAAAAAAAUGUAUAGACAAAAGAAUUCAAUAUAUUUACAAUAAUAACUGUGCCAUACACCGCGUGAAAGACACUCACAGAUAAAAAAGUAAACCGAUUCUGGCAAAGCCACACACAAAAAGCGGGGGAAACAGUCAAUGAAGAGGGUGGGUGAACUAUUUCCUGUAACUAAACAUUUUCUUGUGUCUUUGGAUAACUACUACUAUUGGAUUUGAACGUGAGUGUGAUGACAACUUUGGAGGUAACGUACGAAGAUGACAUGUGAUAAACGUAGCGGUUAUGUUAGAUGCCCGUUGAUGAUUAUUUUCCGCCGAACUGGAAGAGAUACAAAUAUGGUUUUAUUUAAUCUUUGCCCAUUGUGCCGUAGUCAAGAUACUUGAUUUGACAUUUUCUAAUAUGUAAGCUUUAUUACGUUACUGUGGCUUAUUUUUUAGCGUGUUUUGGUUAUAAACAUAUACGAAUUACAAUGAGUUGAUUUAAGUGAUAUGUCCAAUGAAUUUUAAUCAAUUUACAAACAAGCAACCCUUUAUCAUAUUGUUAUCUAGUAACGUUCAAAUUUGUACUUUUUAUUAUAUAAUAUUAUCUUUGAUAGAGAUGAAGUAAGGCGAACUAUUUCUGAUUGUAGUACGGGAACUUUGCGAAUCACAGGCAGACUACUAACAUUCUAUGAAAAUAAGUUAUUUGAUUAUUGAUGAAAAAUGAAAGAAUAACAAAAUUAUACAUUAAUCCA